GUAGGAAACAACGCACUGGCUCAAGGUAGGUCCCGCUGGCAGGAGGGAACAUGGAAGGACCACAGUGGAGUCGGAAGAUUUCAGGGGGCCCCGGAACAGGGCUGUGGAGAAUGAACUGGAGUUUGCCAGGAAGUCCGCGGCAAAGUGCAGGUGACCUGUUGGGAAGGGGGCUGUGUUGCUUAAGAUUGGUCCCUUUGUUCGUUUCUUUACUCAGCAAGCCUUUGCCGAACCCUUUUCUGUGGUGCGCUGUAAGGAGCGCCCUGGCCAGCCAGGUGGAGGCGCGGUGUGGAUGGUGCUGACUCAGGCUAGACAGGGCUGUGGCGUCUGCCCCCUGGGGAGGGACACACUGCUUCCAGAUGCUCCCUGGCCUCUGGGCCUGUUCUGGGUCCUAGGCCUGCCCCAUGUCGCCAAGGCUGGCGCACAGUUCUGCCUGCGAGGGGGAGACAGGCAUGCAGUCAGUGGCAGAGCAGGGGUCCCCAUGGGGGCCGGAGCCCCACCGUCACCCAGCCUGGGGUCGGUCCGUUUCUGUUUCCCAAAAUAAAACGCGAGCACGUUGGCUGGGGGCGCUGUCUGUACAAGGGGCAGCGGGCGGGUGAGGACUGGCAUGCACGUGUCUCUGCGGAUGGCUGAGGGUGUCUGUCCCUAUAUGUCCCCCCUCCAUGACCCUCUCUGUCCCCCCAUCCUCCUCUCCGUCUCCCUCUUUGUUUGCCCUGGGAUCCUGGUGGCUCUUGUCCUACCCCGACCCCGUGUUUUGGACUCCCCCGGGUGCCUGACCUGUGUGGGCUGCCGGGCUGAGGCAGGGGCUGUGGCCCUAACCCACCUCUCUGGAGCCAGGUCUGCCCAGCCUAUGUGCCUGCCUACACAGGCAGGGCCCGCGAGGCCUGGCGGCCGGCAGGGUGGAAGCAGGCCCAGAGACCGGACGGCCGGUUUUGGGCCUGGCAUGCUCGCAGCAAUAUUGAUGGCCCGUCAGGGUGGCCCUGAUUCCUGUGCUUUCAGUUAAAAGGUUUCUGUUGUAGCUUAUGCAGUUGCUCUGUUGCUAUGGAAACGUGACAUCAAAAUGACGUUUCCCGUUUAAAAGCUUUUAACUAAAUUCCUGCCUGUCAGAUGUAGGCCCCAUUUUGAGCACAGAGCUGCCUUCCAGGAGCGGGGCUCCACUGCGGGUGCCCACGGGGACGCAGCCCCGCCCGAGCCACUUCUUUAACCCCGCAGGCGCCUCCAGUAUGGCAGCAGCCGAGGUGCCCGGCUACUUGGUGUCUGCUCAGACAGAGAAGCACCGGCGGGCCCGCAACUGGACGGACGCCGAGAUGCGCGGCCUCAUCCUGGUCUGGGAGGAGUUCUUCGAUGAGCUGAAGCAGACCAAGCGCAAUGCCAAGGUGUACGAGAAGAUGGCCAGCAAGCUGCUGGGGAUGACGGGCGAGCGCCGGCUGGGCGAAGAGCUGAAGAUCAAGAUCACCAACAUGACCUUCCAGUACAGGAAAUUAAAAUGCAUGACAGAUAGCGAGUCCGUCCCGCCCGACUGGCCCUAUUACCUAGCCAUUGAUAGGAUUCUGGCCACGGUCCCUGAGUCCUGUGAUGGCAAACUGCCGGAUGGCCAGCAGCCGGGGCCCUCCGCGUCCCAGACCGAGGCGUCCCUGUCGCCGUCAGCUAAGUCCGCCCCUCUGUACUUACCGUAUAACCAGUGCUCCUACGAAGGCCGCCACCACGACGACGGCUCCGACAGCUCCUCCAGCUUACUGUCCCUUAAGUGCAGGUCGGACGGGCGGCCGCUGAAGAAGCGCAAGGCGCAGAGCCGCCAGUUCCGGAGGAGGAAGCUGCGCCUGCUGGAGGCCACGCUGGAGGAGCAGCGCCGGCUGAGCCGGGCAGUGGAGGAGACGUGCCGGGAGGUGCGCCGCGUGCUGGACCAGCACAACCUCCUGCAGGUGCAGAGUCUGCGGCUGCAGGAGCGCAUGAUGAGCCUGCUGGAGAAGCUCAUCGCCAAGUCCGGUGCCUAGGCUGUGGGCGGCGGGCGGGCGGCUGGGCCCCGCCCUGCUCCUGG